AUGCACUUUUGGAGACGAUACUGCCACACAAUGACAAAAAAAAGAGGUGCAGUGCCACUCGUUGAUGCGAAUGGAUUUAAGGUUCGUCGUGUGGAUUCUCCCAAGUGUGAAACCGACUCUAAAGAUGAAGAACAAGUCAUCGAGUAUCAGAUCGAUGGACCGUUAAGAAGAGUGUGUCCCUACUUUUAUACUUACAAGACUUUCUGUAAGCUACGUUGGAGAGACAGGACAUUGUUGGACAUUUUUGCGAAUGAAUUCCGGUUAUAUCCAGAGUCAUAUUACUUGAAAGCUCUAGAGACAGGAGCAGUUUUGGUGAAUGGUGAGAAGAGUACCAAAGACACCAUAGUGAAAAACGGUGAUCUCAUUACUCAUAGAAUCCAUAGACAUGAACCACCAGUUAGUGGGAAACCAAUAAAAAUUGUCUAUCAGGAUGAUGAAAUUGUUGUCAUUGAUAAACCAAGCGGAAUACCUGUCCACCCAACAGGAAGGUACAGAUACAAUUCGAUAACUGCAAUUUUAGAAGCAGAGCAUGGCCUCAAGGUCCAUCCAUGCAACAGACUAGACAGGUUAACCAGUGGCUUGAUGUUCCUGGGAAAAACCGCUAAAGCAGCGGAGAAAAUGGUUGACCAAAUAAAAAAUAGAGAGGUCAGUAAGGAAUAUAUAGCUAAAGUGGUUGGUGAAUUCCCCAUUGAAGAACUUGUGGUUGAUAAGCCACUGUGCACCUAUGAUCCAAGGGUUUCGUUAAACAUUAUAGAUGAAGAAAAAGGCAAAGAAGCUAAGACUACUUUCAAAAGAAUCAGCUACGAUGGUGAGCAUUCUAUUGUGUUAUGUAAACCACAUACUGGUAGGACGCACCAAAUAAGAGUUCACUUGCAAUACCUGGGGCAUCCUAUCAUAAAUGAUCCCAUAUAUUCUUCACCUAGCGUCUGGGGGCGUAAUCUGGGCAAAAACUGUGAGUUUGAUAUUGAAUCUGUUGUUGCCAAACUGGAAAGUGUUGGUAAAACCACCCAAACUUCAAGUUAUCUGAGAGAGAGUACCAAGAGUGGUGAAAUAUGGAAUGGGAAAGAAUGUACCACGUGUACACAGAAACUAUACAGCGAUCCAGAUGCUGCUGAUUUGGAGUUGUACCUCCAUGCAUAUAAAUAUUCGAGUGCAGAUUGGUCGUAUGAAACAUCGUUCCCCGAUUGGGCACAAGAGCAUCCUAAGAAGUAUAUGCAGUUAGCAAUAGAAGAAGCAGACAAAUGUGAACCUUCCACCACAGCAUUUUCUGUUGGUGCAGUACUGGUAAAUGGCGGUAAAGUGCUAGAAACGGGAUACUCGAGAGAACUACCAGGAAAUACUCAUGCAGAGCAAUGUGCAAUGGAGAAAUACUUGCAGAAGCAAAAAUCCUUGCCUAGAGGCACCGAGCUUUAUACGACAAUGGAACCAUGUUCCUUGCGGCUAAGCGGGAAUAAGCCGUGUUUAGAUAGAAUCAUUGACCAGCAUGGUGCCAUUUCCACUGUUUAUGUAGGCAUUAUGGAACCCUCCACUUUUGUUGCCAAGAACGUAAGCAAGGAGAAGCUAGACAAUGCUGGUAUCAACUACAUCAAAGUCGACGGGUUUGAGGAUGAGGCUACUAGAAUUGCUACAAAAGGACAUUAA